AUGCAAACGGCUCGUAUUUACAUUCCCAGUGGAGCAUCAGAGCAGCCAAAGUCUGAGCCACGCGAUACCCUGUCAGUACCGCAGAGGGGAACCAACCAACGAGCCAAACAGAAGAAAAUAAUUGCAGACCCAGCUGUGGAGGCAAGCCUCGGCUCCUCAACAGGGGACAGUCUCUGCGAUAACCCAACGAAUGGGGGGGACGAGGCAGCAGAGAUAGAUACGUUGGAACACACCACUCGGCAUUGA